CGACGUCAAAUUCAGCUGCACACAACUCUCUUGCUCUCGCCCACCACAGACGACCCACAAAUGGAAUGGAUCGCUGGCCGACUGAUGACAGAGAUACGCCGCAGACCUCCGAGAACACAAAGGGCAGGAAGUCGCGCGACCCUCUGCCUCACUGGACGUAUCCGGUGGUCGAGCAUGGGUCCUUGAGUGCGGCGGCACUUCACCAGAACGGGCAGCGGCUCGAAUGGUCGUUCAUAGUCCAGGAGAACCCGAAGCGCAAGGUUGUGCCCUUGUACGAGCCGGUGCAGGCGUUUCCUGAGACCCUCCAGCGACCCUUUCGCCAUGAUAUGUCUGUCUCGCAACGUGCGGAUCAAGGGGUUCAAUUCCUGCGAACUUACUACCCCGACUUCGAGAUGUCCGCCGAGCUCGUGCGGGACGAAAUUGCAGCAGAUGUACGCGCUACCCAAAGCCUCCAAGAGUUCGACCCAUAUCGCGGAAGCAUGCUUGAAACGUUCACAUGUGCAAGGAACGCGGGCAGAAGUCUCACUUGUUUGGCUUUCCCAAUGGGGGACUCGUAUCUCGACCUGAAUAUAUCACCUGUGACGUACUCAAGGAGACGUAAUACAAGAGUUGACGCGUUCGUCGAGCUUGACGCGGUUGCAAAGCCGAUACGCAGCUUCGAGACACCCAUCCAGCAGUUGAAAGCGUCUGCUCUGCAGUCCAUGGAGGAAGAGGAUUAUGUCCUAGCGACGGUGCUCGGCGUCAGAACGAUGGGCUCGACGACUUUAUUAGACGUACGCCCCACGGAUGCGCAAACAUCGACUAUAGAGGCUACGGAGCUCGUGAAUAUCACUCAUGCUGACCUCGGCAAUCGUCCUAUUGCGGAUAUGAUUCUACCAGCCACUGAACGAACGCUUUCUAUCCUUGUCAACGACAGCGGGUCCGUUUACAAAUGUGCAGCGCCGGGCGGUCAGAAGUCACUGCAAAUCGUCCACGUUACGACUGAUGAAGGCAGCGAAACCUUGAAUCCGGGACUCUGGAAAGUCGCAACGUGGGAUAAUGAGGACAGCUGUUUGCUGAUGUCUGAACGAAGCGCAUCCUGUCUCGAUUUCAGGACUGAAGACAGCGUAGUAGACCUCUACCAUUUGAACCAGUCCGGUGCCCUGCUCACCAGCAUCGAGAGCCACCAGAAGGACGGUUUGAUCCGCCUCGUGACGACCAACGAGCUUUUGUGGAUCGACAUCCGCUCUCCGAAGAAGCCUCUCCUCGGCGUCCAACACUUCCGGAACUUCGACCGCACACUGCAGAGCCAUACCAGGAUUCUAUCAAGAGCUCCGAUGACAUACCUGACUUCGCAACGCAAUGGUUUGAUAUCUGUAUACGACGUAUCGCGCUCCGGUUCCGCCAUACAGAUGGCCUCACCUGCAUAUUAUCUGCCUCCUAUGCGUGCCCAGGAAGACAGAAACCUCGGGCAUGUCUUCCUUCAGCAUCCACAUAGCGCCAACACGGGGGAGCUGAGCGUGCUACAGCUUUCUGAGCUCGGAGCGGUUCACACGAUGCAUCUCAAGCUGCUCGAUGACACGCAGGAGUCUGCGGAGCUUGCGCCCAUGCAACGGAAUUGGUCUGAGGAGAUUGAAGAGUUAGACGAACAAGUCAAGGCGUCUGGUUUGGACGAUGGGCCCUUAGGAGCGCGAACGUUCAGUGAAGCGGACUUUCGGCCGGCUUAUCAACGGUUGUUCAUGGAGAAACCUGCUGCCAAAGUCCCUCGCGAUGCUGUGUAUGACCUACUGGACAAGAUGCCAAUAUUCUGGCAGGAAGUGGAUGCGCCAGUUGAGCACGCACUCACGACUUUCGACAUUGCGUACCGCUGCGGUCCCGAACCCUCGAACUUUUCAAGGAACGACCUCUUCACCGAAAGUGUGCUCAACUCAAAGCGCGGCUAUCGUGCGCUGAAGCAAGGACGCAUCCCCGUCAAACAACUCGCACGGAAAGCACCUUGGCACCAGUACAUCACGCCGUUCGUCCAACGACAGGUCGUUGACCUCCGAGAAGACCCUGCGGAGACGCUCGAAAGGCUCACUCGUUAUGAUCUAUCGCCUGACGGCCGUCGACCCGCUGGGUCCCUCCGGCGGGAAGCCGAGGCUCGCGAACAGCUCACCCUGGACCUCCAUCUGUCCACCGACGUCUUCUCCCCCUCGCGCUUUCGGAAACCCCACGAGCUCGAUAUCGACGCCGCCAUGGAGACGAUGUCGCGUGCUACGGAGGCUAUGACUCUCAGCGAUAUGGAGCCUUCAGAUGUGCAGUUUGGCUUCCUGCAUCCUGCGCGGAGAGAGUCGAACUAUCGUUACACGAAGGAUGCAGACACACACGAGCAGAAGCAGACGGAGAACAAACAUCUGGCGCCGCUUGGUGUCCGCCUCUUACUCAAGGAAUGGGACGUCGGCGGCGACCCCUCGACCUAUCGCUACGAAGAUCCAUACGACACGACAGCUCAGCGCAGUACCUCGCCUCGUUGGGCGAGGAACGCGCCCUCACGUCCGGUGACGCAGAUUAGAGAGGGAGCUAUGCAGUCACAGCGGCCACCUCUCGUAGUGCCAACUGCUGGUCUUGCACCACCUACGAUCGCCAGCAGUCAGCCCUUCGGCUCGAGGUCUGCCUUUCCUGCGACUCAGAUGCAAGCUGCGCGGACGAAUGACCAGCGACAUAUCGUGCAGGCGGGCAGUCAGCCAGCGGAUGACUGGGAUGCACAGCCCUCCUCUCAGAUUCCGUUUGCGAGUACGCAGGUCCUUCCUGGACCACAUGGUGGCAGACCGGGCCCAGCGAAGAAGAAAUCUGCGAAGAAGAGAGUAGGAGGAUUCUAGUGUAUGUCCCUACGUUGCAUAGUCCCUAGUGUA